GAGUUUCAAGUAAGUAUGCGUCUUGAAUGGGCGCAGGCUAAGGCUCGCGCGGAACGGUGGCGAGAGAACGAACGGUUGGUUCUCGAAGAGAUGCGCCAGGUAAUCGAGUUCUGCGGUGACAGGGCGGCAUGGUGGCGACGUCAGAAGCGUCGUAGGUCUGAUAUUGACCCCGCCCUUCAGAGAGGGCUGUCAAUAUAUGCUAAGAAGCAAGCAGCCGUCUCUGGAAACUUGGCCGCAAGGUGCGCCUCCUUUUGGGUCAACUAUCUCAAAAAACUCGGCCCGCUUCCUUCUUGG